AUGGCGUCAUUUCAAGAUCAUGAAAUGAAUCAAUUAUUAAUUGGUUUUACUUUUCUAUCAGCAGCUAUAGCUAUAUUUUUGGCAUUUUUUUGUUAUUGUGGAGCAAAAACAUGUUGUAAGGCAAAAAAUAAAGAAUCCACAUCUACUGGUGUUGUGACGACAAAUCUUAAAAAGAACGCCAAUGAACCAUUGUUAACAUCUGUAUCAUAUACAUCUAAUAUAGAAUCUCCUGAAAUUGCUUUCAUUGAUGAACGUAUAACGAAUGUUGUCUCGAGUACCGUUAAAGUCAAUUCAUUACGUUCCUCCUAA